AAAAGAUCUCUUCUUCCCACAGUUCGAUCUCGUUUUCCUCCGAAUCACGGUGGCUCUGCGAGUACCAAAAGGUGUGAUCUGUGUACUCAGGUGAAAUGGCGUCUUCGUCGGAUUCAUGGAUGAGAGAAUACAACGAAGCUUUAAAACUCGCUGAAGACAUAAACGGAAUGAUCUCAGAAAGGAACAAAUCUUCCUUAACAGGGCCCGAUGCUCAGCGCCGCGCUUCAGCUAUACGAAGAAAGAUCACAAUCUUCGGAACCCGUUUAGAGUCUCUCCAGUCUCUUCUCGCCAAAAUCCAUGGAAAGCCCAUCUCAGAGAAGGAGAUGAACCGACGCAAGGAUAUGAUUGGGAAUUUGAGAUCGCAGGCGAAUCAGAUGGCCAAUGCUUUGAACAUGUCCAACUUUGCUAAUAGAGACAGCUUGCUUGGGUCGUCAGAGAUUAAGGCGGAUGAUACUAUGAGUAGAGUUGCUAGCAUGGAUAACCAAGGGAUUGUUGGGUUUCAGCGACAGGUUAUGAGAGAACAAGAUGAAGGACUUGAGAAGUUGGAGGAAACAGUGAUGAGUACUAAACACAUUGCUUUAGCUGUCAAUGAGGAGCUUGGUUUGCAGACAAGGCUUAUCGAUGACUUAGACUACCAUGUGGAUGUCACUGACUCUCGCUUACGGAGAGUGCAAAAGAACCUUGCUGUCAUGAACAAGAAUAUGAGGAGUGGCUGUUCUUGCAUGUCAAUGCUCUUGUCAGUGCUUGGAAUCGUUGGUCUUGCUGUUGUAAUAUGGCUGCUCGUUAAGUAUUUGUAAUAAUCCCAAACGUCAGAUAAACUUAUAAGUUUCUUAUCUUAGUUAACUUUGCCGGCUCUGUGUGGAAUGGUCUCGGUAUAUCUACUGAUUCCACAUUUGUGCUUUUCGUUUUCUCUUCUGUUGUGAGAACCUUAAAUAAAGUAUAUAUAUAUAUUAUGUGUUCAGUUUUCA